UAGGCGAGCGGUCUGGAUGCAUGGCGGCGAUUGGGAUCCACUUGGGAAGCAGCUGCGCCUGCGCGGCCGUUUUUAAGGAUGGCCGUGCAGAUGUUGUGGCUAAUGAUGCUGGCGACCGAGUAACUCCUGCUGUUGUUGCAUUUUCAGAAAAGGAAGAGGUUGUUGGUCUGGCAGCAAAACAAAACCGAGUGAGAAAUCUCUCAAAUACUGUAGUGAAAGUGAAACAGAUUCUUGGAAGAAGCUCUGGAGACCCACAAGCCGAAAAGUACAUUGCAGAAAGUAAAUGUUCAGUCAUUGAAAGAAAUGGAAAACUUAAUUAUGAAAUAGAUGGCAAAUUUAUUUCUCCAGAAGACGUUGCAAAGUUAAUCUUCAGGAAAAUGAAAGAAACUGCUCAGUUUGCUUUGGGUUCUGAUGUCAAUGACACUGUUAUUACCGUGCCAUUUGAUUUUGGAGAGAAGCAGAAAAACGCCCUUGGAGAAGCCGCUAAGGCAGCUGGACUUAACGUUCUUAGACUAAUUCACGAACCUUCUGCAGCUCUGCUUGCUUAUGGAAUUGGACAAGAUUCACCCAGUGGAAAAAGCAAUGUGCUAGUGUAUAAACUUGGAGGUACAUCACUUUCCAUCACGGUUAUAGAAGUCAACAGCGGGCUGUAUCGUGUACUUUCUACCAACACCGAUGACAGCAUAGGUGGGACCUGCUUUACAGAAGCAUUAGCCCAACACUUGGCUUCAGAAUUUCAGAGAUCUUAUAAAAAUGAUGUGAGAGGAAAUCCCAGGGCUAUGAUGAAGUUAAUGAACAGUGCUGAAGUUGCAAAACAUUCGUUAUCAACAUUAGGAACAGCAAAUUGCUUUGUUGAUUCCCUCUAUGAUGGUCUGGAUUUUGACUGUAAUGUUUCCAGGGCCAGAUUUGAACUUAUUUGUGCUGCACUUUUUGGUAAGUGCAUUGAAGCAAUCAAAAUAUUGUUGCAACAAGUUGGACUUGCAACGGAUGAUAUCAGUAAGGUAGUUCUCUGUGGUGGAUCAGCCCGUAUUCCGAAAUUACAACAACUGAUCCGAGAGCUUUUCCCUACUGUUGAAUUGCUAAACUCCAUUCCUCCAGAUGAGGUCAUUCCUAUUGGAGCUGCCAUAGAGGCAGGGAUCCUGCUAGGAAGAGAACACACUUUCUCAGGCGACGACCUGCUGUCUGUUGAAUGUUCCGCCAAGGACAUAUUAGUCAAGGCAGUGGACGAGUCGGGAGGUGACAAAUUCAUGGUAGUGUUCCCCUCAGGAACGCCUUUGCCAGCUCGAAGGCAACACACUCUGCUGGCCCCAGGAGAAAUUUCCUCUGUCUGUCUGGAAUUGUACGAGUCUCUGGAAAAAAGCCCAGUGAAAGAAGAUGGCAGAUUUGCACAGAUUGUACUCCAGGAUUUAGAUGUUAAAGAAGAUGGUCUGCAUCAUAUACUAACUAUCCUUACAAUGAAAAGGGAUGGAUCAUUACAUGUAACCUGCACAGAUCAAGAUACUGGAAAAUCUGAAGCCAUUACAGUGGAAGUGGCCUCAUAGGUGUAAUUUGAAAGCAUGUUUUCUCAGUCAUAGUAAAUAUUUUCAUACGCAGCUCUAAAA